UAUAUAAAGACUCCAUUAUAAGAGACCUGGUACUUUUAGAGUUGUUUUAUUAUUCAUCAUUUACUUUUCGUCUGUAACUUAGAGAGAUGGACACUGUAACGAGAGCCAUUCUUUUUCUUGCUGUUGCGUGUUGCGUAACAGCUGAUGUCAUCAACGUCAAGGAUUGUGGAUCCGUGACUGGAAGCAUAAACCAAGUGGAGAUAACUCCCUGUCCAUCAGAACCAUGUCAAUUCAAGAGAGGAGUUAAUGUUACCAUGAAGGUGGAAUUUACCUCGAAGAUAGAAUCCAAGAAAUACACAUCUGUCCUCCAUGGUAUCAUAGGUGGAGUCCCCGUUCCGUUUCCGGUUUCACAGGGACUCAUUUCCGGUCCAAUAAAUGCAAAUAGUAAAAUUGUCUACUUAAACGCUUUGAAGGUUGAACAAUCCUAUCCAAAGGUUUCUCUCGUUGCAAAACUAGAAAUCAGAGAUGACAGUGGGAAGGAUAUGGUGUGCUUUUUAUGGCCUGCUCAAAUCGUUGAUUAAAGGUUCGACCUCCCACUACCAAUUUAAUGUGGACAGUACUAGGCGCGUUUCACAUUCAUUCAGUUAUCAUUGUACAUAUUUCAUGAUUAUUUAUUCAAUUAUUCCUUUGUGUGCGUUUAUAUUUUUGAUGUAAUAAAAUAUGUAAUGAAUUUACAAAAAAGA